UAAUGGUGAAGUCAUUUCAGCUCUCUGACUUUUAAACCAGCACUUUUCAGAGGGAGGACUCCGCCACAGAUAUAACACACUCGCCUAGACACACACGCGCACACACACGCAUUCAAACACACACCUCCAGAGCUGCCAGUGACUAGAAGGAGGAAAGAGUUUUCGGUCUUAUCUUUUUUUCACAGCCCAGAGCUUCGUGGUUUCCUGACAUCAAGAUGGCAGCACAGCAGCAGCAGGUCGGCAUGGCCAAUAAAGGUCCAUCCUAUGGGCUGAGUCGCCAAGUGCAGGAUAAAAUUGACAAAAAGUAUGACCCCGAACUGGAGGAUCGUCUAGUUGAGUGGAUUAUUGCCCAGUGUGGCUCUGGAGUGGGGAAGCCUGAGAAAGGCAAACUGGGCUUCCAGACUUGGCUCAAAGACGGAUGUGUUCUGAGCGAGCUCAUUAACAGUCUGUAUGACAGAGACAAGCCCAUAAAGAAGAUCCAGAGCUCUGGUAUGGCCUUCAAGCAGAUGGAACAAGUGUCUCAGUUCCUCAACGCUGCCGAAAACUACGGUGUCACCAAAACUGACAUGUUCCAGACUGUUGACCUCUGGGAGGGAAAAGAUUUGGCUGCAGUGCAGAGAACACUGCUGGCACUGGGCAGCAUUGCUGUUACCAAGAAUGAUGGAACCUACCGUGGUGACCCCAACUGGUUCUUCAAGAAAGCCCAGGAGAACCGGAGGGAUUUCUCUGACGAUCAGCUGAAGGAUGGGAAGAAUGUGAUCGGUCUGCAGAUGGGCUCCAACAGAGGGGCAAGCCAGGCUGGUAUGAGCUACGGCAGACCCAGGCAGAUCAUCAACUGAGCCUGGCCACGCCCAUCUGAGCACCUCCACCCUCUCCCCUCCACCACACUUCAACUUAACCAACAAAGUUCUCCCAGGAGCUGGAUCCAGUUCUUCAAUGUCUUAUUGAGUUUAUUCCAUCCUUGCCAGAAAAGGCCAAACUUAAAAAACAAACAAAAAAACAAAAACAAAAACAACAAAAAAAACACGGCUGCUUAGUUUAUUAACCAAGCUUGAACACUGAACGAAGGAAAUAAGCAACCAAAGCCAAUAAUAUAUGUUCUAAGUCUCUAUUGUCACCGAUAUAAAGGCAUGGCUCUAAAAAUUUUCUUGCAAAGAAGUGGAACUAUCACAGUGGUUAGAAAUACUAACAUCAAAUCAGAUUAAAGGAUAUAAUAAGCUUGAUUGAAAGAUUACCCCCCCCCCCCUCCAAAACACUCCAAAAUAAAUUAAAUGUGUUCAAUAGUGGGAUUUGGGAUUAUGGGGCACUUAUUUAGCUUUAGAAAAAUGAAGAUCAGUAAAAUGUAGGAUUGUGAUCUAAUGUAAAUGUAUGAUUGGAAAUGACGUAAGGAAUUAGUCUAUGUAAUGUGGCCAUCACAUCCAAACAUACACACAAGUCUUAAG